UCACUUUUCGACGAAAAAGCUAUUGUCUGUUACUUUAAAACCAAGUUUGUACGCUCCUACUGCGAAGCUAACUUCGGUCGUUAGCUUCACCUUUAGUUAAUAACAUUGUUUUAAAAGUGUUUUUAAAGUGAUAAUGAAAGACGUCGGGGUAGUACUUUAUCUGCUGGAAGUUAAAACCUGCUAGGCAGAUAGUCAUCUUUUUGUGAGCUGUCGGCCUUCAGAGCUUGGGGGAAACGUUAGCUAAAUUUGGCUGCGUUUAGCGUUAGCUGGCGUAUGGCUAACUGCUAGCUGCUGCCGGCAAAUGCGUAAAGUAUGUUGAUGUGUUCCUGCGAAAAAGUGGAUUUUAACAUUACUUCGCGCACCGUCGCUCGGCUUGUUUUCGAGGCCGAGCAAGACAACAGCAACGGAGGGAUUUCAUCUAAUGGAAGGUAGCUACUUCCAGACACAUAUCUGUCUUGGUCUGAGACUUCAACUCUUGCUAAGAUGAGUCUGAUUAUGAAAAAGGCGAGCUUGAAGUCUACCAAACAAGAAAGAAGAGCAACCGAUUUCUGAAGAAAGAAAGUGACGCCGGACAAUUCAAGAAAUGCAGAAAAGGGAAAAGGGAUAAUAAAGCAUUUAUUCACUCCCUACAAACACAUACAUUGGACAACCUGAAAUGGCGUGCCUAAAGAACACAAACGCCUGUUAAACUAUUUGACAGACUUCCUCCCAGCUUCCUGUUGCAUCUAUUUUUCACUGUGAAGAAACCCCUACAGCUGAACCUUUUCUUUUACAUGAAGCCACUUUCUAAAGUUCAACAGAAAUACGGAAAAUAUAAAACAAUCUUAACUCAUAAUUAAUGUGUAUGUAAUAUGGCUGAGUCAAUUUGCCCAGAAUGAUUGUCUGAUGUUUCAACCCAUCCUGUUUCUAAAAAUAUAUCAAAUGCAAGCAUGACUAGACCAUCUUGGCCCGUUGUGGGUCAGUCUCAACUAUAAAAAUGCAACAAGCCCUUGUUGGUGCCUUUCUCUUGAUCGAGAGAGACAAAUAAGACGACUAUGUCCACACCUGUGGGACAAGAAGGCAUGACUCUGGCUCAUCCCAUUCCCAUCCCAACACUGACUGUCCUGCCACCAUCCUCCGACACAGAGUCCUGGUCUCGCUCGCCCAGCCCCAGACAGUCGCGUUCGAGCCGCUACGGUCGAUCCCACCGCAGCAGGACCCGGACCAAGAAGCGAAAUGAAGAAGAGCAAUGCUGCACUCCUAAGCGACAAUGGGGGAAAAAGCAAACUGUGAUAAAGGAGCCUGUGGAGAGGGGCACCAUUCCACAUAGGAGCCCCUCGCCCAGCUCCUCUGUGGCCACUCAGAUGGAGGAGGAAGAGCAAGGUCAGGAGAUCCCUUCACAGGACCUCCUCCUGCCACCGUCCCGCUCCUGGUCUCGUAGUCCCUCUCCCAGCCGGCGCUCCCGUUGGUCGUUCAGAAGCCUGCUCAAUAGAGACUCUGACUGGGAGGGCUGCAGUACGGCCAGUAACUCUCCACGCAGCACCCCCGGCAGCUCUCCCUCGCUGCGGCGCAGGGUCCUCGGGGGAAGCAGCAGGGCCAGUGAGAGCGAGGGGGGAGGAGGAGAGAAGAGCGGCGGUGGGGGGGGAGGCUCCGACAGCCCCCUGCCCUCCAUACCUUCUGCCUCCUCCCUCACAUCCGCCUACCCACUUGCUUCUCGACACUUCAGCCGCAAUGCCAAGAAAAUGCAGAGCUGGUACAAUGUUCUCAGUCCUACAUACAAACAGCGGAACGAAGAUUUUCGUAAACUCUUUAAAAAACUUCCUGACACAGAGCGACUUAUAGUGGACUACUCGUGCGCUCUGCAGAAGGACAUACUGCUUCAGGGCCGCCUUUAUCUGUCGGAGAAUUGGCUUUGCUUCUACAGUAACAUCUUCCGCUGGGAAACCACUAUCACUAUCCUGCUGAAAGACGUGACCUCUAUGACAAAGGAGAAGACUGCCAAGCUCAUCCCAAACGCCAUCCAGAUCAGCACUGACAAUGAGAAGCACUUCUUCACAUCUUUCGGAGCAAGGGAUCGCAGCUUCAUGAUGAUUUUCCGUCUGUGGCAGAACGCACUGCUGGACAAGUCUCUAUCUCCCAAAGAGCUGUGGCACAUCGUACACCAGUGUUACGGCACUGAGCUAGGCCUCACGAGUGAAGACGACGACUAUGUCUCCCCCACCGCCGAGCACAUGAACGGCCUACUGCCAGGAGACGAGUCAGUGUCGGUUACAGAUCUACUCGACCUGAGCUCAGUGUCGCUUCCCUCUACGGGCAGCUCUCCCCUUCCCCUGCCCUGCGGUCCAGCCAGCCCUCUCGCAGCUACAAACCUCGGGGGCUUGUCUCCCUCCCCCUCCACCUCCUGUCUGCCCAUAGAGGUGCCUUCUUCCUCUGGACGCAGGCUCAGCUCGGACCCCCUCGAUCAGAGCCCGCCCAGCUCCCAAAGCUCGCUGCCGUCCACCACUCCCACAAACGCCUCGGCCUCCGCACCCGUCUCUGCUGCUGCCUCCUUUAGUCUGGAAGAGGGUGGGGACAGCUGGUCAGAGUCAACCAAUCACAUGCUGCCCCCGCCAACCUCCAGUCUGGGAAACCUCUCCUCAUUGGACAUCACCAUCGAUGAAGAACUGCCCACAGACCCCAGCAACUCCUCUGACACGCAAGAAGAGAGUGAGGUGGAGUCGUUCUGCGCUGAUCUGUGCGGGCGAUUGCACAUCAACGCCCCGGUCCGCAUGAGUGUGGACAAGCUGCACGACCUGCUCUUCUCUGCGGACACACACUUCAUCCGGCACCUUUUCUCCCAGCGACACUUUACUGACCUCUCUGUGGGUGAAUGGCAGCCGGACAUCAGCAGUGGGACGACGAGCCGUGUGCUGAGCUACACCAUCGCCCUCAACAACCCCCUCGGCCCCAAGACGGCCCCCGUGGUGGAGACGCAGACGUUGCAUAAAAACAGCACGCGGGGCGAGUGCUUCGUGGUGGACUCAGAGGUCAUCACCUCAGGGAUCCCCUACCAGGACUACUUCUACACCGUCCACAGAUACUGCCUCACCUCCAUGAACAAACACAAGAGUCGCCUCAGAGUUUCCUCAGACAUCUGCUACAGGAAGCAGCCGUGGAGCCUGGUGAAAGCGUUGAUAGAGAAGAACACCUGGAGCGGCAUAGAGGAGUACUACAGACACGUGGAGAGUGAAGUGAUGAAACUCGAGACGCUAAUGCAAACGGAGGUUACCGUGGUUACCACAGGCGAAGCAGUGGGUGCGGAUGCUGCCAUGACUCCCCCGUCUCUGCGCCGCCGCAAACGCACAUGCUCUCGACGGCAGGGCGAGAAGGACCGGGAGAGGGAAGGAGGAGGCAUGGGCGGAGGAGACCGAGGGGACAGAGGAGUCGGGGAGGACCGGGACCGGAGAGAAGCCAGUGGUCAGUUUAUAAAACUAGGAGAGCGCUCGCGUGGUGGAGGACCCAACAGUAUAUCAACCAUCCUCCUCAUCGUGAGCUUCAUGAUCUGUAUCAGUCUGGUGGUGCUGGUUGCUCUCAACAUGCUGCUCUUCUACAAACUGUACGCUUUGGAAAGAGCGGCCCAUACACUGGAGACAUGGCACUCCUACUCUGUUGCUGACAGUCCUUUGCCUCAGACAGCUGGGGAGUGGGCUCAGGUUUUGCAGCUUCAGAGGCAGUUCCACCAGGCUCAGCUCAGCAAGUGGCAGCAGAUCCUGCAGUCCUCUGUCACGCUUCUUGACCAGAUGAAGCAUUCUUUAGAAAAGCUCCACCAUGGCAUUGUGGUCCCAGAGGUGCAACAGGAUGAAACCAUCACAGAGCCAAUGACUGAGGCCUGAGCUCCCCCCCCCCCCCCCCCCGAUCUCUGAACACACCCUGGGGGGGGGGGGUAGACUUUUGGUCGACUUUGAUCAGCACAGUUUGCUCUUUCACAUUUCCAAUUCAAAUACCAGAAGAGGGAGACGGAGGGGACUACAUUACCCACAACUCUCCUCGCCUGACUGACUUGAAAUGGCGACGUUCGCCUUCAGCCUCAACCAGUAACAUCUUCAGUGAACUCUUUCUGACUGGGCGCUUUCAGGACCACAGCGAUAACUCACCUACAGCUGCUAGUCACCUGUACGUAGGGUUUGGAAGCGGGCCACUGGUGGGCCCAUUCCAAACCAUCCACUCCUCAACUAUCUCAGAGACAUUUCAAAAUGGCUAACCGCGCUUCAGAAAAACUUUAAUUCAGACCUCCUUAAUUUUCAGAACCUCAAAAUGUUCAUGACUUUAAAAGACUUCAGUUGGACAUGCAACAUUUCCCAGAGAACAAUGACUCUUGAAAGCGGGAGCUCUUCCUCCUGGUCCUGGGAACAGUUAGUCUUUAGUGAACGCCUGCUGAAAACAAGAUGGAGGAUGGGACAAACACCCAGAAAGAGACGGGAGCAGGACGCCUCUAGGUCUUUCCUUCACAGAUUUGUUCCUCCAUAUCCGGGUUGAUCCCCAUUUAAAAGCCGCUGUUCCUCUCAAAGGGGAUGAGGAACAUUUCAACACCAGACACUUUAGUUUUCUCCUUUUUUAGAUGUGAAUUACACACCUGAGGUUUAAUCUCAAACACCAUCCCACUCCUCCCUGUCUUUUUUCGGGGUUUUAACUUUUUUCAAAAUCAGUGUGUUGGGUCGUUGUUUGGACAGGAAGCUGCGUCUCACUGGACUGCUACAGUAUUUAUUAUUACCGAUGACUUGAUCUGAAAUCCUGUCCUGCUCUUAAGAAGUCAUACGGUGGGUAUUUUGUGUUGCUCUGAUAUGCUGUUGCAGUGCGGACCAAGAGGAGCUACACGAGAAUGGUUACUGGUCACAGCAAUAAUGACAAUAGUGAUGCUAGUACUUUUUGAAUGUUUCAAACAAAGUAGUAUAUAAUAAUAAUAAUAAUAAUAAUGAUGAAUUGUGUGUGAAUGUGUGUAGAGGCAGUGAAAAAAACAAGCAAAGAAGACUUGACGGAUGUGUGGGUUUGUGUUCAUGAGGAGUCCUCAAUGUUUCAGAUGUUACAUUUUCACAUUAGCGUUUAUUUGAGUUUUUCUUUUUUGAGAUUCCUCUGUCAUGUUUGCUCGCUCUUUGUAUGACAGAGCCAGAGCCUAAACGCUCUGGAUUCACUGUAGACUUGAUCAAAAAACCAGAACAGUCCGCUACUCUGUUGUCCCACUGGGCCGGACGUCUCCAGACAAGAGGACCAACCAGAAUCUAGUAGGCCCAGGUGAAGAAAAAGGGAAUCUGUUUUGCAGUAUUGUUUUUGUGUGUUUGUACAUUUAACUUGACUGACUUGUCUCCUCUUUUUAUUCCGUUCAUUUUCUAUCUUUAUAAUUGUCGUUUAUUUUCAGCCUGUUGUUUCAUCCCACUCCAAUCUGUGUCGAAACAUCCCACUCUUUUGUUGAUUUCUUCUUCUUCUCAUCACUCACCCCCACUCUUUCCUCUAUGUGCUCUUCCCCCUCUCUCUCUCUCUCUCUCUCUCUCUCUCUCUCUCUCCUCUCUCUCUCUCUCUCUCCUCUCUCUCUCUCUCAUCCUCUCUCUCUCGCUCUCUCUCUCUCCUCUCUCUCUCUCCUCUCUCUCUCUCUCUCUCUCUCUCUCCUCUCUCUCUCUCUCUCUCUCUGUUUCACUGAAAAUGACGGCAACAGAAGCAUGUGGGCCACGCUGUGCAUGGCCAUCCGCUGAUAGCAAAAUGGUGUAAUAUUUAUUGAGGGGGGGGGGACAGGGUUUGGGGAGGAUUAAGAGAGAGAGAGACGGAUGAGUAGCGGGGUUGAUAAUGUACUGUAAAGAUGUGAUUGUACACCGCACCAUGGAGAGAAAUGAAAAGUUCUAAAACAUACAA